AUGUUUGACCUCUGGUCUUCUCUCCUGGCCGCUGUUGACAUGCUUCCCUCGCUGGUCCACACCGUCUGCAGCCCGCCGCCCUCCAAGCAUGGCCUGCACAAUGUCGUCCGCGCCUGCGACCUGACCAUGGACGACUUCCUGCGCGAUGUCCAGCGCCAGUUUGAGGCCCCGCUGCACCCGGACAGACUGCUGGCCAUGUCUGCCCGCCUGCAGGCCGACUUCCAGAAGAAGCUGCACCACAGCGACAUGUGCAUGCUGCCCUCCUACAACCACACGCUGCCCACCGGCUUCGAGCGCGGCACCUACCUGGCUCUGGACGUCGGCGGCUCCACCUUCCGCGCUGCUCUGGUCGAGCUGAGCGGCAAGGAGAGCGGCGCCAACUGCAUGCAAAUCGCCAAGAUGUGUCUCUUCACCAUCAACGACUCGGUGCGCGCCCUCGAGGGCGGCGCCUUCUUCGACUGGAUGGCCGAGCGCAUCGCACACAUGCUCGCAGAUCCCGACGUGAGCGCGAAGCUGGGCCCGGACACGCUGCCAAUGGGCCUGUCGUGGUCUUUCCCCGUUGAACAAACCUCGAUCCGCACCGGCAUUCUGCUGGACAUGGGCAAGGGCUUCCGUGCCACCAACGGCGUGCACAGGAAGGACCUUGGCGAUCUGAUCAUGCAGGCCUGCCAGCGAAGGGGUCUCGACGUCCGCCUGGAUGCCAUCGUGAACGACUCGUCAGCAACUCUCCUGUCGCGUGCCUACCGCGACGACACCACUCGCCUGGCCCUGAUCCUGGGCACCGGCUUCAACGCAUCUGUCCAUUUGCCCGUCACUGCCCUGUCGCGCCAGAAGUUUGGCACCAGACCGCAGGAAUGGCACGACCAGGCCGAGCGCGUGCUUGUCAACACCGAGCUCAGCAUGUUCGGCAAGAACAUCCUCCCCCUCAGCCGCUGGGAUGAGUCUCUCAACAAGAACCACGAAAGACCCGACUUCCAGCCCUACGAGCACCUGAUCAGCGGUCGCUAUCUUGGAGAGAUUGUCCGUCUUGUCCUGCUUGAGGCAAUCCAAACCGCCGGCCUGUUUGGCGGCGAGGUCCCUGAGCGUUUCAUGGAGCGCUACAGCUUCGACACUGGCAUCAUGGCGGUAAUUGAAGACGACAACACUCCGACUCUGUCCAAGGCCUGCACUGUUCUCCAGGCACAUCACCCCCUGACUACGCCCCCCACCUACACCGACAUAUACUACGUCCGCCAGGUCUGCCAACUCGUCUCUCGUCGCGCUGCAGCCUACCUUGCAACUGGCAUCCACGCCUUGUGGUCUCUGCGUAACAAAUCCGAGGGUCUCUCCGCCGCCGAAGCUGGCCACAUUACCAUUAGCUGCAACGGUUCUGUCAUCGAGAAGUACCCCUCGUUCAGGAAGACCGCUCAAGAUUUCAUCAACGACCUCACGAGUCUUUCCGGUGCAUCCUCCGGCGCGGUGGAUCUGGAAAUGGCCGUGGAGUCUUCAAUCUACGGUGCUGCUGUUGCAGUGUGCUGCCUGGAGGACCACCACUCGUAA